AUGAUGCAUCACCAUGACGACAGUCUGAUAAGAAAUACAACUUACAGCAUCAAUGAGGUCACACCGAUACCUGCGGAUACCAAAAAAGCAUACAAUGGUGAAAAACCAUUAGAACCUUCCUCAACAGCAACAUCGAGCACAUGUGCCAAUAGCAAUGGUCCUGACAUGCUAAGCGACGCUGAUGGUGAAAAACAUUUGGCCCAUCAAUCAUAUCUACGAUCCUAUGGUCGACCCGACGUACGGCGAGAGCCGAGACGUUUUCUUGGAUGGACAUUGGCACGAUGGCUACUACUAAUAACUACUUCACUGCUGAUGCUUUACGGUCUCCUUUUUAUGAUCGGAUGCUUGGUGACUUAUGCCAAAGGAUAUUAUCGUGCCAUCGUCAUCAUCAUUGCCGAUCGUGAGAUACUCGAUAUGACUUUUGCAGCAUCUGUGCUAUGUGUGUUCACCUCAUGCGUUGGAUUAGCGGGUGUUUGGCGCAAAGAUCGGCGGAUCUUAGGUAUAUACGCAUUAUUACUCUGGCCAUGUUUUGCUUUGAUUGCUGCUGUGGGGUAUCUAUCAUACAAAGCCGACACCUGGAAUCUAAGAGCCCAACUUGGUACACGAUGGCGUCACGAAUUUACAGAUCAAGAUCAUAUUGCUCUGCAAGAUAAUCUUCAUUGUUGUGGUUUCGAGAAUCCAUCCGAUCAUGCGACAUACUAUGACCGGUGUUUUACCGAAUCCCUCCUUCCAGGAUGUAGUUACAAGUUUUACUUGUUUGAGCAUGAUUUCCUUGUCAAGGCCUGGACGACUACUUUUGCGCUUGUUCCUAUACAUGUUAUUGUCAUCAUCAUAUCACUGCUGUGCUCAAAUCAUGUUGAUCACUUAUUUGGCAGCCGAUCACGACCGCCAAUUGCCUAUCUUGGUCGUUUCCAUGACUGGAGAGAAUGGGAAAAGGAACAAGAUAAAUUUAAGCAAGAGAAGCUUCAAGCAUCACCCAAGCCCAUAGAAGAUACAGCUAUAACAAACACGGCUCGAUCCACAGGCACCUUACAAGCUACACCUCGACACUCAUACUUCCCACCUUGUUGA